GUGAUAACAACUUUGCGCGAGUGCGACUGCGAUUUUGAAUCGUUUAUAUUUGAGUUUUUCUGUUUUUCAUAUUAAAAACUAUUUUAGAAAAAAUUGUUUAUUAUAAAUUAACAAAAAAUUUAAAUAAAAACCUCACACAAUGGAGACAGACAAUUUAACUAAACAAGAUGAGGAGAUUGAGGCAUUAAGUGCUAUAUACGGUGACGAUUGGGCCAUGGAGAGCGACAAAACGAGAUCGUAUAGCAUAAAAAUAUUGGAAAAGGAAUAUGAAGUUGUUCUGUAUGUGACUAUGCCCGAGGAUUACCCUUCGCAGUCACCACCCAGCUACGAGUUUUCUGCUCCAUGGAUGGACAGAAAAGAUAAAUCAGAGCUGCAUCAAGCCUUAGACGAAAUCUAUUUAGAGAACAUAGGAGAAUGUGUUGUGUUUCAAUGGGUGGAGAAAAUAAGAGAAGUACUACAGACUAUAAAGCCAAAAAAAAGACGAGAAGUAAAUGAAAGAACUAAAUCCAAAUCACCUCCCACAGUAUCUUCAGAUACAUCAUUGAAAUGCAGUUACUAA